AUGGUUACACUUCCAUUAGCAUAUCAUUAUGUGCAUCAAUUGAGAUAUUCCCUUGAAAGACAAUUUGAAUGUAACGAUGUAGUGAGAACAAUCUACGAAGGAGUCGACGAGCUCUCUACUCUUAUUUCCAGCUCAAAUCAUACCAGAUCGAUCAGAGGAACCAAACCAAGAAGACGUUUUGAUGAAGAUGAAACGAUAGAGGGAACUUGUGAUGGAUGUUGUCUCCCAGGAUCCCCCGGACCCGCUGGCCCACCUGGGCGCCACGGACGUCAUGGUUCCCCAGGAGCGCCAGGAAAACCAGGAAAUCCCGGAGAGCCACCAAGAGGCCCAUGUGAUCCAACACUUCCAAAUCCUUGCGAUUGUCCAGCAGGAGAACCAGGAGAACAAGGACCACGUGGACCACCUGGAAACAAUGGAUUACCUGGAUUGAAGGGAAGACGUGGAUUCGAUGGAUUAGAUGGAAGACCUGGAAGACCUGGAAAGACUGGAAUUGAUGGAGUUCCAGGACCGAAAGGAGAGGAUGGAACUGAUGGAGAACCAGGAAUAAUCGAUACUUCGGAUGUUGGACCAGCUGGAGACGAUGGUGAUGAAGGACAAUCUGGAGAAGCAGGUCAACCAGGAAAUGAUGGAAGAGACGGUAAACCAGGUCAAGUUGGACCACCAGGACCACCAGGAAAAGACGGAAUCGAUGGAGAAAAUGGGAAUGACGGAGAGCUGGGAGAACCAGGAAUUCAAGGAAGACCAGGAGAGGAGGGAAUAUGUCCGAAAUAUUGUGCAAUCGAUGGAGGUGUCUUCUUUGACAAUGGUUCUGGUCGUCGAAGAACUUAA